AUGGGCUCGCUCGGCGCUGGGCAGCAGGGCGUGCUGGCGCGCUGGGCAGCGGGGCGCGCUGGCGCGCUGGGCAGCGGGGCGCGCUGGCGCGCUGGGCAGCGGGGCGCGCUGGCGCGCUGGGCAGCGGGGCGCGCUGGGCUGCGGGGCGCGCUGGGCUGCGAGGCGCGCUGGGCAGCGGGGUGCGCUGGCCCGUCGGGCAGCGGGGCGCGCAGGCGCGCUGGGCAGGGGGGCGCGCUGGCGCGCUGGGCAGGGGGGUGCGCUGGCGCGCUGGGCAGCGGGGCGCGCUGGCGCGCUGGGCAGCGGGGCGCGCUGGCACCUUAA